AUGGUGAAUUGGGUGAAGCCGACGACAAGUGCGCCUCUUGCCUUUUUCUCAGUCGUGCAGAACACUUGCUCUUUGGUUGACAGAGAACACAUAUUUUUGUUUGGAGGGAGAGGCCCAGGAGGAGAUCUCGCCACUGCGAGUUUGUAUGACCCUGGGGCGCGGACGUGGAUACCUGUUGGGGGAGUGAAGAAACCCCCUAAAAGGAGCUGCCAUGCCUCAGUUGUUUUUGAAAAAGUUUUCGUCCAUGGCGGGAUGAGUGGCGACACAGUGCUCGAUGAUAUGUGGAUGUGGGACGGAGAGGAAUGGUCUCAAGUUCGCUACGAUAAAUCAACAGAACCGAUGCCUGCGCGCUGCGGCCACUCUGCUUCUGCGUGGGUGCACAAGAAACACAAGGAGCCCUGCGUGUUCUUCUUCGGGGGCGAUACCACAGGUCGAGGAGGAUCUUCUAAUGAUGUUUGGAUAUAUUCUCUGAAAACAAACAAAUGGAAGCACGUCACCACAUAUGCGGGAAAUGCACCGACUCCGCGUUUCGGGCACAGCUCCUGUGUCUUCGACUCGAAUUGGGUCAUCAUCAGCGGCGGUUACAGCGGCGGCUGGCUUUCGAAUUACGUCCUUUCAGACAUGCACACGUACGACUUGCAGGCGAACUGUUGGUUUAGUGUGGAGUUGUGCGGCAUGAAGUCCUCGACCUGUUUGACGCACUUGGUGUUGAUAUCUCCGACUCGAACUGUUUUUUCUUUCGGUGCUCAUGACCCUGAGACAGGAGUGGGUCCUGUAUCUUCUGACGUAUAUCGCAUGUCACCGCUUAUUACUUACGUCAGUUUCGCUGCACUCCGCAACCAAGUAGAAAGCAUGAGUGAAGUCAUCAACCUCAGCUUCGAUUCCCAAAGCGAAGGUGUAGGCAGAGCCAUUCGAAAGGUGGAUGCGCUGAUGAAACGACUCGAGACAGUUGAGAAGGAAAUCGAAGGCCUCAGGACGGCAAAUGAAUACCUCACCAGGCAACUGGAGGCCGUACAAGGUUCAUCAUACCCGAAAAGAGUAGAUAGGGAAGAUGAGGAUGAGGAGGAGGCGGACUUCCAGGUCAACGACGACCGAUGA